AUGACUCUUGGCUCAGGAGGAUCGAGUGUUGUCGUUCCGAGGAAUUUCCGGUUGCUGGAGGAGCUUGAACGUGGGGAGAAAGGUAUUGGAGAUGGAACUGUGAGCUAUGGAAUGGAUGAUGGGGACGACAUCUAUAUGCGCUCUUGGACUGGCACUAUCAUCGGUCCUCACAACACUGUUCAUGAAGGUAGAAUCUACCAGUUGAAGCUCUUUUGUGACAAAGAUUACCCGGAGAAACCUCCAACUGUCCGGUUUCAUUCACGUGUAAACAUGACUUGUGUCAACCAUGAAACAGGAGUGGUGGAACCAAAGAAAUUCGCGCUUCUUGCAAACUGGCAGAGAGAGUACACAAUGGAGGAUAUACUGACACAGCUGAAGAAGGAAAUGUCUGCGUCGCAUAACCGGAAGCUUGUUCAACCUCCAGAAGGUACUUGCUUCUAG